AAGGGUAAAAAGGCGCACUAUGUCCCUUGCAUGAACAAAUUAGACUUUGAUAAAGAUCUGAAAGAUUAUAUCACAGAUUUGGAACAAAAAAACCCCUGUUUUGGUUUUCAAUUUCCGGUUCCUGCCAUAUUUCUUUUAUUUCCGUCUCAUAGUAGCCUGUAUAGUCAGCACAAAGUGGACUGUUAUUGAAGACAAUGGACAGAAGUGUUUGUUUAAGAAUAUCGCUUUAUUUACGUUUAAAGAACACAUGAUAGGUGUAGCUGUUACUACAUCAACGAUACAGGUUCAGAUAUUUAAACAAGGGAAUGGGCAGCUCAUUGGAGAAAUUACAAGGAAAAUUAAGAAAACGAUAGAAGAUGUCCUGGAAAACUUGACUAAAAUCUUUCACAAGGAAACUUUGUAUGACAUCGGCUAUCAAUGUUCAAAGCAAUACAUACUUGAGGAAAAUGCCACUAGCUUUAUUCUGGAAAAAGAUUUGGUUGGUGGAGGCGAAUUCAAUUGUCCCAAUCAUGGGUUCAAAAAUCAUCAUGUAAUCAACAAAAAUGAUCUGCUUCGCUUUUGGAAAUAUGGCGAAGGGACAAAUCUUCAUGACAAAGAGAUGCAUGUGCCAGAGAAACUUCAUAGGAGUUUAAUUGCUGACUUGGUGAACAACUAUCUUGAUGCGUCUGUGGAUAAUGGGCAUACUUUUCAGAACGUGGAAACAACAGUUUAG